UAGCAACAUUACGUAUGACUUUGUCUCCUUUAUUGUACCAAAAAAAAAAAAGAAAAAAAAUUCCAAACUCAAUUAUGUGGACCUUAUAACCUCAGUCAGACAGUCAUUGCCUAACUUAUAUAAUUCUGAAGCCAAACCGAUUGGGUUUUGCCUUUAGUUUUGUCCUUUCCUUAAUCCUCAGCUUGUCACCUGAUUUUGUCCAUCCUGAUUUUCAUAUUCUCCUCUUUUCUUUUCAUUUCUUUUUUAAACAAUCCCGAGGAAAAUCAGAAUUGUCUCAACAUUUUCAGUGUCGAAAACCAAGCUCAAACAAUGGGAACUUGCUGGCCUUUCAAGCUUAUGGUUAUGGUGGGAUUUCUUGCUGUAUCAAUAAUAUCAUUCCAAUCAGCAAAUGCAGACCCUCAAACCACUCUGGUAAAUAAGGGAUGCAGUCAGUACAAUGCGUCAAACACCGGGAACUUCUUCAGCAACCUUAAUGCCACUUUGGCUGAUCUCAGGAACCAAUUGUCAAACAAACAUUUUGCAACUGCUCAACAAGCCAGGUCUUCGGACCCUGUUUAUGCCAUGGUUCAGUGCAGGGAUUACCUUUCCACUGCUGAUUGUGUUUCUUGUUACAAUACUGCGGUUUCCCAGAUCAGGAAUUGCUCUGCUGCCAAUGGAGCUCGUGUUAUUUAUGAUGGCUGCUUCCUCAGGUAUGAGAGUACAACAUUCUAUGACCAGACUACUGUUCAGGGAAAUUCUCAGAUAUGUAGCAAUCAAACUGCACCUCAGCCAGCUAAUUUCCAAACUGAGGCAGAAACUCUCUUACAGGAACUGAAACUCGCCACGCCGCGAAUCAAUGGAUUCUUCGCCGCGACAAAGAGGCAGUUGAGCAAUGGUGGUGAUACAGUUUACGCACUUGCCCAGUGCGCCGAAACAGUCAGCCCGAGCGGUUGUCAAGACUGCUUGACAGUGGCAGAUGGAAAUAUACAAGGCUGUUUACCUAAUACCGACGGAAGGGCUUUUGAUGCAGGCUGUUUUAUGAGGUAUUCAGCAACUCCCUUCUUUGCUGAUAACCAGACUACCAACAUUAAUCCUUAUCUAGGGGGAGGAGGCUCAAACAAAAAGAAGGCAAUUAUUGGAGGCGUGGUUGGUGGUGUAGGCCUUCUCUUAAUUAUAUUUGCUUUAUUGUUAGGGUAUCUACUCUAUAGAAAACCAAAGAAAGCUCAGAGAGGUGAUAUCUUAGGAGCAACAGAACUGCAAGGUCCAGUAACCUACAGCUACAAAGUUUUGAAAUCUGCAACCAAUGAUUUUAGUGAAGAAAAUAAACUUGGAGAAGGCGGUUUUGGCGAGGUGUACAAGGGUACCUUGAGAAAUGGUAGUGUAGUAGCUGUGAAGAAGCUAAACAUAAGGUCUGGUAGGGCGAAAGCCGAGUUUGAAAGUGAAGUAAGACUCAUUAGUAAUGUUCAUCAUCGAAACCUUGUGCGCCUACUGGGAUGUGCUAACAAAGGAGCAGAGCUCCUCCUGGUUUAUGAAUACAUGGCAAAUGGAAGCUUAGAUAGAUUUUUAUAUGGAGAGAAAAGGGGAUUUCUCAGUUGGAAACAGCGCUCUAACAUAAUAUUGGGCACGGCUAGGGGACUAGCAUAUUUACAUGAACAAUAUCAUGUUUGCAUUAUUCAUCGGGAUAUCAAGUCGAGCAACAUCUUACUAGAUGAUGAUUUUCUGCCCAAGAUUGCUGAUUUUGGAUUGGCAAAGCUUCUGCCUGACGAUCAGAGUCAUUUGAGUACUAGAUUCGCCGGUACCUUGGGCUACACAGCACCAGAAUAUGCAGUUCAUGGACAUUUGUCUGAGAAAGUUGAUACUUACAGUUUCGGCAUUGUUGCCCUUGAAGUAAUCAGUGGCAGAAGAAGCAAUGACAUGACAGUUGAGCCUAUCAGUGAGUACCUUCUCGAGAAGGCAUGGAAGCUAUAUGAGACCGACUCGCAUAUACAAUUGGUGGACGAAACUAUGGACCCUAAUGACUACAAUGUAGCAGAAGUGAAGAAAUUCAUAGAGGUCGCCUUGAUCUGCACCCAAUCACAGCCAUCUGAGAGACCUACCAUGACUGAAGUACUUAUCAUGCUGUCAAGUGAUCAGUCAAUCGAACAGCGUCGCCCUUCUAAUAGUACUAUCAGUUCUGAUAGGAGGUUCUUCAGAGACACAUUGACGUCAUUAACUGAUACCACUUCAUCGAACUCUAAUGCCACAGCCUCUUUCACUGAAUUCACUGGUCGAUAGCUUGCUUCAAUCCUCAGAUACAGUACGUUUUACUUGCGUUUUGGGAUAAGUGACAAACAUGGAAAAAUGAGAUGACGUUGCAAUCCAAGAACCUUAUAUUUCUCGAAGUAUUUCUAGACCAAAAAAUGUAAAUAUGGCAGAGAUGGUUUAUAUGCUGCUUUUAGUAAGAUGUGCCAAAAAUGUUCCUUUGAAACCGUGGUCUUAGAAACAACAGCGUUCAGUUCAGAACAUGAGACUCCUCUAGCUUUUAUAGUUUAAAUUAGCAGAAAAGGUGUAUACUUUGCAAUUGAGAUUUUAAGUGUUUACCUUUUGACUCUAAUUUCUUUAUAGAUGUGUCAGAAAUGCAACAAUUUUAGACUACCUUUCACAGA